AUGUACCAGAGUAGUGAUUUAUCUCUCGAAAGCAACGUGAUUCGGGAGAUUAAACCGAAAAUUCCGGAUCAUGAAAAGGAUUUUACGCAAGCAAAGAUGAUUUUAAAGCAAAUUUCUGUGGAAUCAGGAGAAUCAUUGUACGAUCACUUGGCGGAAAUUAUUCAACGUGCGCUUUGUGAUCGUCCUCGCAAUGUAAUGGACAAUUUUGAGGAUUUUAGUCGCAAAAUAAGGCAAAAUCGGUAUCAUCAUGUCCCGGAAGGAGAAGAAAUUCAUGAAAAAGAGAAAAAUGAAGAGGAUUUUGAGGGAAAACUAACAAAAUCACGUCAAUUUAUCGAAGAUUUUCAAAAACUGCAGGAGUUGAGAGCCAAUCAUGACACAGAAGAUGACGAUAAAAUCCUUGCUGAAAAAGUUAUUCACCCAAAUUUGAUGUCCCUGAAGUCAAUUUAUGAUUUGAUAGGCAUUGGAAUGCCUUCGCGAGACAUUUAUCUGCUAACUCUCUCGCAGGAAAAAUUUUUACGCGACAAAAAUAUCAAGUCAUGUCGUUUUUGGGGCAAAAUUUACGGUCUCGAACGAAAUUAUUGGAUUUUUGAAGUUCAACUAACAGAAGAAGCGAUCGCUGAACGUCUUCAAAAAACUUCAAAGGAACAAAUUUCAGAAGAAAAUGUCGAAUCUCCUCUUCCAGCAUCAACAACGACCUUAAAAGACGAAACCUCAAAGUCAAAAAAUGCAAUUCCCCCGUUACCGCAAUCGAAAUUCGUCCCAAAUCCCGACACUCCAGCUGAGUCCCUUGGCGAGGGCGUGAAUCGUUAUCUCUAUUAUGCAAGUAAUAAUGCUUUUGGUGAUAAAUGGCACGAACUUCCCCUCGCAACGCCAAAACAAAUUCUCGUAUCGAAACAAAUCAAGAAAGCUCUCACGGGAAACCUGUCGGCAAAAGUGAUUUCGUACCCCAAAAUGCAGCACGACGAAACGGAGGCCCAUUUGUUACGAGCAUUGAUAGCACGAAUCACAGCAAGUACAUUUGUUGCACCACUUAAUUACUGGGUAGCACGCAAACCGACAGAUAUUAGUGGCGAGGAAGCAGAGGAAACAGAAGAGGAGGAAGAAGAAGAAGAGGAAGAAGAUGAAAUAGAAAAUGACACAGAACUCUUCCGCAACCCAAAAUUCGAGCCUCCCUCAUACAAAGAUUUAAAAUAUUUGAGUUUUUGGGUGCAUGUCAGACCUUUUAUACAGAAACACGGAAGAAUUCAAACCUACAAAGAGCAAAAAAUAAAAGAUGGCGAAGAACAACUCGAAGAGGAAGAAGAACUUGAAGAAGAAAUCGAGGAGGAAGAAGAAGAGCAAAAUGACAUUGAAAACGUUCCGCCAUUGUUAAAUCCCUGCACGGAAGACGUCAUUUCGUGCGACACGACACCCGCCUGGACUGUCAAAACAAUUCACAACCCAAAUCCAGUGGAUGCCGUGACACUGAUGCGUUCUAAUCUCUGGCCGGGUGCCGUUGCAUUCGCGCGCGACAAAAUUGCCGACAUGAUUUAUGUUGGAUGGGCCCAAAAGUACUGCGCACGUAACUACGAGCCGCCAAAUGUGCCACAAAUGCACGACGAAUAUCCCCUGGGACCCGACAUUCUCGAGAUAAAUGAUCCGACGGCGGCGGAAGAGAACGAACAUCGACAAAAAAUGGCACAAAAUGAAAAAUUAGAGGCGACCAGUGACGAGGACGAUGGUGAAGGAGAAGAGACGUUGGAAGAAACAGAAGACGACGAGGAAUAA